AUGGAUUCACAUUCACAGGAUCAAAUCCUUAAAGAAAUCCCCGGACUCAUUCGAGUAUACAAAGAUGGUCGAUUCCAGAAACUCUCCGGCACCGAUGUUGUUCCCGCCGGCAUCGAUCCUUCUUCCGGCGUCCAAUCCAAAGACGUCGUCAUCUCACCUGAAACCAACAUCUUCGCUAGGCUUUACCUUCCCAAAACCACCACCAAAAAGCUCCCUCUUCUAAUCUACUACCACGGCGGCGGAUUCGUCAUCGAAACCGCCGCUUCCCCCGUCUACCAUAACUUCUUAAAUCUCGUCGCAGCUGAAUCCAACGUCGUCAUAGUUUCCGUUGACUACCGAACGGCGCCGGAGCAUGUCCUCCCCACCUGCUUCGACGAUUCAUGGGAAGCAAUCAAGUGGGUCGCUCAACACAUCAACAGUAAUGGACCUGAGCCAUGGCUUAAUGACUACGCCGAUCUUCAACAGGUAUUCUUCGCCGGCGACAGCGCAGGCGCCAAUAUCUCCCACCACAUGGCAAUCCGGGUCGGGUUAGAAAAACCGGGCUUGAGCAUAUUCCUACGGGGUAUUAUCCUGCUCCACCCGUAUUUUUGGGGAAAAGAUCGAAUCGGGUCUGAAGAUGAGCAUCCAUGGAAGGCAUCUAUGGAAGAUAUAUGGACCUUUGCCCACCCGGGAACAAGUGGGUUCGAUGACCCGUGGAUUAACCCGGAUAUGGAUCCGAAAAUUUCGGAUAUUGGAUGCUCCAGGGUACUGGUUUGUGUUGCUGAGAAAGAUCUGUUCAAGCAUAGGGGAUGGUAUUAUAAGGAUAUUUUGGGUAAAAAUGGGUGGAAGGGAGAUAUUGAUGUGAUUGAGGAUAAAGGGGAGGACCAUGUGUUUUUCCUUUUUAAACCUUCUGCUGAGAGUGCUUGUACUUUGCGCAAGAGAAUUUGUACUUUCAUCAAUGAUGCCUAA